AUGGAUCAACUGUCAAUACCGAUUUUCCCGGCAUUCGAUGCAGAAGUGGAUAAGUCAACGGUAGGCCCAAGAUGGGACAGGCCGCGGAAAAACACACAAAUGGAGAUAUACACAUUCAGAAAUUGCAAACAAAAGCAGGGACAAACCUUGGAUGAGUACCUCACGGAGUUGCGGAAAUUCGCCAAACACUGUGAGUUUACAAACACUGACAAGGAAAUUCUGUCUCAAAUAAUCCAGUCAUGCAGGUCCAACCAACUCAGGAGAAGAGCUUUGAGAGAACCUGAUAAGGGAUUAGAGGACAUAAUUCAAUUAGGGCGCUCACUAGAAUUAUCAGAUUCUCAGGCUCAAGCUAUGGAGCGCCAUGUGGAUCAGACUGUAAAUAAGUUACAUGUUCGUAGUUCUAGACAGAGUAGUGGUGCAUCGCGAGGAGGUAAACGUUAUCAGUCAACGAGGAAACCUGACAAACACUGUUGGAAAUGCGGAGGAGUGUUUCCACAUAAGGGAGACAAACCAUGCCCAGCUCAUAACCAAAAGUGUCACAAGUGCCAGAAAAUGGGACAUUUCAAGUCUGUGUGCAGGAGUAAAAAGGAUACUAAAGUCAGGAUGAAAGAGAAAGUACAGUUCAUGACACAGCACGAAGUGACAGUGAUGAUUACUGUUAUGGAAUCAAAAUUAUGA